GAAGAAGAAGAAGACGACGGCGACGAAGAAGAAGAAGAAGAAGAAGAAGAAAAGGAAGAGGGGCUGGCAUUGGCGCUGUCUGGUUCUUAGACAAAGCUAAUACAUGGUACCUGACUGGAGCGUUGCUAACAUAACAGAUAUACUCGAGUAUAACUGACAGAGGUUUGUGCAUACAGCUGGUGUUGUUUGCAGAUUAAUUCUCGCUGCUUUGGGCUUUUGGACUGUGAGUCUAUGGAUGUGAUCCGGUGUUUGCGCUCUCUCCUGGACCUCCAUGUUCAGCUGCAGAGAGCUGUAGCCCUUCAGGGAGAGAUCCAGGCACAGUUUCUUGCUCAGCUUUUACAUCCAGACAAUGCGAGCCCACAGCAGCUGCCUCUGCCACAGCUGGACUUGACCGGGGACGAUCUGGAGCUUUCCCUGUCUGUCUUUGAACGGGCUCUGGAUGACAGCAAACUCCCAAAGAGGCAGUGGGGUUCGAGGCUGGCCCAGCUCCUCUGUGUGAAGACAUCAGAUGAGGAUGAUCAUGAGCUGAGUUAUGAAGCUGUAAAGUCAGAUGUGAGGAAACAGGCAUGUUCCUUGGAGUAUCAGCGGUGGAGCGACUUUAACAAGGUCCAGUAUGAUCCUCAUAAGGGGGUGCGAGAGCUGAAAGUCGGGGUGGAGGAAGCAGCAAAGAAGUGGCUCCAGCCUGAAAAGUGCAGCUCUGAGGAAGUGGUGAGAAAAGUGGCCCUGCAGAAAUUCCUCUCCCUUCUCCCACCAGAUGCGAUUGAGAAGACAAGCGAAGAGCAGCCGCGGAACAUGGAGGAGGCUGCCAUCAUAGCGGCAUCUUUCCUGGAAGAUAACAGGGCUGAAUGGAGCAAACACGGGGAGAGACAACAUGAUGAUGCACAUACUGACCAUGGCUAUUCAAGGGAUUAUAUCAGCUCAAAUGAGCUGAAGAAGCUGGACCCAGAGCCAGUCUUCCCAUCUGAUAGCCACAGCCUGGAAGUUACUGUUGGAGAUGAGCAUUUUGAAGAGGAAGAGUUUUCGGAAGCUAUGCUUUCCCCAUCAGCGGUUGACAUAAAGCCAGUCCUAAAUGCUGAAGACACACCAUCCAUUCGAAAUGAUUCUCAACUUUUGCUUCAUGGACCCUGCUAUAGUGGUGAAUCGAUUAAGUCUUCACCAAGGCGAGCUAAUAAGAAUGGGAACAUAACCACAGGAACAAAAUUAAAACGCAUACUUGAUUGUCCAGACUGUGGUAGCAAGUUCAAGAGGUUUGACUACCUAAGAAAGCACAUAUGUACUCCUGGGCAGAGUCUGGGGUGCCAACACUGCGAUCUGCGCUUCCCCUCCCUCUCCCAGUUAACAAACCACCUACGCGUACAUCGGAAAAUGUUGCACUGUCCUGAGUGCAACAAGGCUUUCAGAGACCGAUUCAACCUCCGCUGCCACCAGCGCACACACACAGGCGAGCGCCCCCAUAUCUGCUCUGACUGCGGCUCUGCGUUUGCUCAGGAGCGAGGACUACAGGAGCACCGCAACAUCCACACCGGCGAGAGACCCUUCCAGUGCCCAGUGUGCCGGAAAGGCUUCAGCCACAGCCGCACGCUUGCCAAACACGUGGUUGUCCACUCGGAAGCAAGGCCUUACAUGUGCUCCGACUGUGGCAGAGCUUUUAAGAUUAAAGACAACCUGCAUCAGCAUCAGAAGAAAAUGCAUCCCAGCAAAUACUUGUGAACACACCCUAUAGAUGAAACACAGACUCCUGAAUGAGCCAUGCAGUUUACAAGCAAAAGUGGUACAAUACACAGUUUAUUUAUACUGAGGUUUUUUUAUGCUGCCAGUGACAUUCAAGACCUCUCUUUUCACAGAUACAGUGAGGGGAAAUAAGUAUUUGGACACUUUUGUUUUUGUUAUUUAAUAAACUUCCAGUGCAUGUAUCCACUUCAAAUUUACACACAUAAUGUCUUUUAACUGUAAAAGAAAAUCAAACAAGUACAGACGUGGACAAAUUUGGUACCCUUCCAUGAAAAAGAAGAACCCACAACUAUCUCUGAGAUAACUUCUAAUUGACAAACGUUAAUGGCAUCAAUCACUGUUAAUUCCAUGUUAAACACAAAUCAGACAUUACUUUUGAUUUUUGAUUAAACUGAAUAUUUUAUAUAAUGAACCAAAUGAAAAUGACAUGGACAAAAAAGAUGGUACCCUUAACUUAAUAUUUUGUUGCACCACCUUUAGCAGCAAUCACUGCCAACAAGCAAUCGCGGUAGUUUACAAGGAGACAUCUGCAUCGGGUAACAGAUAUUUUGGCCCACUCUUCCUGAGCAAACUGCUCUAACUGCCUGACGUUUGAAGGGUGCCUUCUGCACCCUGCAUCUUUCAGAUUUUUCAACAGAUGUUCAAUAGGAUUAAGAUCAGGGCUCAUAGAGGGCCAUUUAAGAAUAGUCCAAUGUUUUUUUUUUUUUUUUUCCAGCCAUUCUCGAGUGCUUUUAGCUGUGUGUUUUGGGUCAUUAUCCUGUUGGAGGACCCAUGACCUGCGACUGAGGGAGAGCUUUCUGACACUGGGCAGUAUGUUUCUCUCCAGGAUGCCUUGACAGUCUUGAGCUUUCAUUGUGCUCUGCACAGAUACAUGGCCCCCUGUGCUAGACGCAGCAAAGCAGCCCCAAAACAUGACUGAGCCCCCUCCAUGCUUCACAGUAGGUAUGGUGUUCUUUUCUUUGAAAGCUUCGUUUUUCUGUCUGUGAACAUACAGCUGGUUUGACUUGUCAAAAAGCUCUAGUUUUGUUUCGUCAGUCCAAAGGACAUUCUCCCAGAAACUUUGUCGCUUCUCAACAUGCAUUUUAGCAAAGUCCAGUCUGGAUUUUUUUUUAUGUUUUUCUUUCAAUAAUGGUGUUCUCGUGGGUCUUCUUCCAUGGAGCCCAUUGUUGUUUAAAAUGUGACGGAUGGUGUGAUCAGAUAGUGACCUACCUAGACCUUGGAGUUCAGCUUGAAUGGCUUUGGAUUUUUUCCUUGGCUUUUUGUCUACCAUCCACACAAUCCUUCUUAUCAACCUGGGGUUGCAUUUCUUCUUGCAGCCACGUCCUGGGAGGUUGGCUACAAUCCCAUGGACCUUAUACUUUUUAAUAAUAUUUGCAACUGUAGUCACAGGAACAUCAAACUGCUUGGAGAUGGUCUUGUAGCCUUUACCUUUAAGAGGCUAUCUACAGUUUUCUUUCUUUGCUCUUCAGACAACUCUCUCCUUUGCUUUCUCUGGUCCAUGUUCAGUGUGGUGCACACAACGAUACCAACCUAGACAGUGGCAUAUUUUCUCUCUUUAAAUACGGUAAUUGGCUGUUACAAAGAUUAAAGACACCUGUGACUCUAAUUACGGUUAAACAAUUAGUUUGAAACAUGAUUAGAAUGCAAUGAUUUAUAAUAAUUUUUAGCGGUACCAAGAAAUCUGUCCAGGCUGUUUAAAUUAUAAACAAAAAGUCAUUGUAAAAAAAUUGUAAUCCAAAAAAGGUAAUCCAAGGCACACUUCCAAUUUAGAUUGUUUAAAAAAAAGCCUUUAUUUAAAUGGCUAUUUCAUAGUAGAAAUAUUUUCUACUAAAUAUUUUUUCUACAAAAUAUGUUUUUAAAUAUAGUUUUUAUAUAGAAACAUCAAUAAUCCACAAGGACUACAGGCUCUUCAGUAUUGUUUGAACAGUAGACCACUUAUCCUCCUUAGGAAACACUUAGGAAGCUUAUCCUCCUGCUGAAUUCAUUCUUCAGUUAACAGAGUGGACAUUUAAAAAACAAUGUGUUUCUCUUUCAGGAUCAACUUUACAUUCAGGUACAUGGCACAGUGAUGAGAGCAUGCUAUGCACCAAAUUAUGCUAAUUUAUUUCUUGGUUUAUGGGAGAAUGAUUAUGUUUACCAAUCUGUGUAUACUAGAAAAAUGUUAUGGUGGGGGCAGUACAUAGACAACAGCUUAUGUUUUUGAACAGGCACUAAGGAUGAAUUGCUUCUUUUUUGACCACAUUAACAACAAUAAUAGAAAUGUGAAGUGUUGAUUAUACACAAAGCAAAAUUAGUUUUUUAGGCUUGAUGAUUUCAAAGGGAGAGGGAGAGGGAGGUUGUCUGCGUACUACUGUAAGCCAAUGGAUACAAAACACCCUACUAAAAGCUGAUAGUUUCCAUCUGAAAUGGCUAAAGGGCAAUAUCCCUUUUGGACAAUUUCAACGCCUUAGACGUAGUUGAGAUACAGACAGUGAAUUUCCAGUACAGGCCAGUGUAUUCCCAGUGUUUCACAUGUAGCAGGAUAUCAGAUAGACCUGAUAUGGACUACGCUAUGGGGAGACAUUUUCAGGUAGCGCAUAAUGGCAACCCAGACAGUCUCAUAGUGGAAGCAUUAGAAAUAGUAGGUAAAAAUGUAUGAAGUGGAGAUCACUUGAAAUUGUUAUUACAAAGGGAAGUGUUUUACAUAACAGAUGAAGGCAGUGGAUUUUCCUGGUUUAAUUGAUUUUAGUCCCUUUCUCUGAAAUCAUUCAUACACUUUGCUAAUGCAUCGUACUAAAUAUGUGUGAUAUUUUUGCACCUUUUGUGUACAUGUUUCUGUUUAUAUUCAUUUAUCUUCUCUCAUUGUGGAACCAUCUAUUGGUGUCCUUUUAGACCAGCUCUAGACAUACUCCCCCUAGUGGCAUUUUGACACUAGUCACCUCUGGUUGAGCAGGUGUGUCUAAUUUAUCUGUUUUAGGUGAGAGCCCAUUUGAGGCAGUUUUGUGUUUGUGGCAUUUCUACCGAAAUGCGCGGGUCCGCAGCCCAUUAUUUCUAUUUUUUUUUUUUUUAAAUAAAUACCUCUACUAUGAAAUAGCCAUUUAAAUAAAGGCUUUUUAACAAUCUAAAUUUGGAGUGUGCCAUGGAUUACCAUUUUUGGAUAUUAAUGCUAGUACUUUGUUGAAAAUCCAUUGUUGGCAAUUAAAGCUUCAAGAAGUGGGUUUUUGCAGCAUUGUUGUUCAAUUUUGGCCAAUUGUCUUCAAUUCCCCAGUUAUGUGGAACUCUGAUGGUCUCACAAUUUCAAAAUCCUCCAUAAAUAAGUCAGGAGUCUUGGCUAGACAUGCAAGCACCUUCACCUUCUUCUUUAGAAAGCAGUCUUGAGAUAUUUUUGGCUGUAUGUUUGGGGUUGUUGUGUUGUUGAAAUGUCUUCUUAAAUUCUCCUCUAAUAUGUCCUGGUGCAUUACACUAUUCAUGUUUCCUUUGAUGACAUGUGAUGCCCCAGUACCGUUUGCAGAAUGUUUAACAUACUAUUUGCUCAUAUUGAUAAGUACAAUAUCAAAAGACAUAUUUACAACCAUUUGACAUUAUGUGUGUAAAUUUGUAGUGGGUAUAUGCACUGAAAGUAUAUUGGAUAACAAAAACAAAUUAGUCUGAAUACAUAUUUCCCUUCGCUGUAUACUCAAAGGUAAUAAAACUCGCCUGUUCCAUUUUGGAACUGUUCAAUAUAAAGGGAGUUUAUUAUACUACAACUAACAUGACAAAUAAAUUGCAAAUAAACUGUUGUUUUAAGCUAAAAAUUCCCCGGUGUAACAGCCCAUUCUUAGAUCAAAGCUAAAGAUUGUCAGAUUUCAGGCAACACUCGUACUGAUACACAAACCCACAUUAUAGAGUUAUAUAGCAUUAUAUCGUCUCAGUCAUUUAACAGAAAUAAUUGCUGUAUGAGAAAUAAAAUCUCAUAUCUGCACUAAACAUUUUAAACUAUAGUUCUGUGUUUCAGUAAUGUAGCUGUGGCAGUUAUCUUGCUCAUCUGAUUGUGUUUGUUUGAGCAGCUGCUGGUCAUGCACUUACUUCCAAAAUAAUAUUUAGAAGGUUAAUCCACUUUGGUGGAUGCAUUUUUACCACGACUGAAGGUAAACAUAAGAUAAAUAAGAAUAUUAUAUUUGUUGAUAGGUGACUUUCACCAGAUAAACAUUAAACCUGUAUUCUGAGGCAGAUCACAUUCAGACAGCACAGUGUUGCCAGAUUACAUUUGUAAACACAUUGGGAAAUGAAUGAAGGAAAUGAGCUUUGAGUGAUAUAAGUUGGCAAUGUUUAUUUGAUCUAGUGAAUUGUGCUGGUAUUAAGCUCUAAUUAAUAGUAGUGUAGAUUUUGUUGCCAAAAAAUGUUUAAAUUGUGUCUCAGUAAAAAGAAAACAGAAAACAGCUUGUGAAAUAUACCCUAGGUCAUCUUAUUAUUUUUUUUCUCUCUCUCUCUUUUUGUGCAAAUGUGAGCAUAAACUUGCUUUCAACACAAUAAUUUCUGGUUUAAUGAAAUGCUAUAUUAGCAAAAAAACUGUUUGAAUGUUAAUGUGUAUGUUUUCCUUAUUUAAAGUUUUAAAUGUUGAGGUAUAGCCACUCUUUCAUUUACUGCUAUAUUCUUACCCAUAUUUUUACACUCAGCUCAGAGUGAGAGGAUUUCAGGGGUAAACUGUAUCAGUUAGUUCUCGACUUGUGUUUGACAGUCUUCAUUGGCUAACUCCAGAGUGACAUAAGCAGCAGAUACAUGUUGGCUACUUGCACAAACACUUCUGCCUUAUAUUUAACAUGAUUCCUGCAUUUACGGUUCAUUCAUUACAGUAAUAAUUGCGGCAUUUUACAGUUGGGGUCUGCAAGAGCCCCUGAAGAUCAGAUAUGUAAGAAUACUUGCAAAGUUGUUAACAGUUAUUAUUGUUAUUAACCAGUGCCUUUCUUUUUCCAGUCUUCUCAAUGUUUGGUUCAAUAGCAUAUCAGAUUUGGGUCAACAGUGGUUUUGGUUUUCAACCAUCAUCUAAGAUUACGCUGAGCUGGGAAGCUGUGAAAGCUAAAAGCUGCUGAAUUUCAGAAGACACUGUGUGCACAGGGACACAGCAGUGCUUAUUAUAUUUCUUCAUUUAUCUCUGACAAUAUUCAGACUUAAAUUCUUUAUGGCAGACACUCAUUUUGAUCGCGUUAUAAAGUACAAACAGUACUGACAGAUGUAAACUGAAAACUCGAGAAGCUGACAAUUUACAACAAAUGUGUCCUGGCCCUGAGUGCAAGUAGCCUAUUUCCAGCACUUUUGGUGGUAUGUUUUUGAGAAACUAAACAAAAUGUUACAAUCCUCUAAACAAACUAAACAAAAAAUCUUAAGUUAUGGUUUGGUUUGGACUAGUUUUACAUGGGAAGGUGUAAUUAUGAACAGUGUAUCUCUGGGAUUUUAGUCUUGUCCGCAUCCAUCCUAUCAUCAGUCAUUUUUUUUACACAUCUGAUAUGAUAAUUAAAUUGAAAUCUCUGCUUGUUGAGGGCCCUGUAGGGCCAGGGCUCCUGGGCAUAUGCCCAAUAUGCUAGGCUGGUAAUCCCUCCCUGAGAACAACAUGGACUAUUUUAGGUUGAAUACUAUUUUAUAAAAUAUAGACAACAGGACUUCUGGGAGUUUUAUGCUAUUUUAUGCUAUGUUUUAAGUUAUUCUUAGCACAGGUAUAGCCUACAUGUUAUAACCUACUAAUGAUUAAGUGCAACUUUCAAGCCCUACAACAAGCAGCUAUAAUAAAAUCAACAAAGUCAGAUUGUAUUAAAAUGAGGUCUCUCCUGAAUCAUAACCAUACAUACCUCAGAUAGGUCCUCGUUCUCUGACUGGUACUGCUGUCAUGCGUGACAAAAUCGCAAUAGACAAGAGGCAACUUUGCCAGAACUUUGGACUCGUUUCUGUCUCACUGCUGUACAGCUGUGCUCACUGCUUUCCUUGUCUACGUCACGCACCGCUGGAAAGGCGCGAGAGCCGUGUAGCCUCCGCGCGAUGGAGCUGCAGCGGCUUCACGCGCACAGCUCUGUACACCGCACAGCCUGCACACAGUGCAGGAUAUUUAAUCCACGCGCGCGACAUGGACUGCACCCCGGGCACAGCACGAGACCGCAACUUUCUGGUAAUGAAUUUAUCUGUCAUCUGGUUUAAUUGUGCUUCACAUGCUCUAUUUCAGCACAAACUCUGAGCAUAGAGACAAAUAAUACCAGAGCAAUAUUAAUGUUUUACCCAUGUUAUAAAGUCUAUAAUUUGUAAUUCCUAACAAAUUCAGUAAAUUGUAUUUGCAUACCGUAUGGUGUAUGGCUGAAUUUUUUUUUAAUGUCUUAAUGUAUUUGGCAUUGCGUCUAAAUUUAUAGUUUGACUGUGAGUGAAUGAAUAAUAUCUACCAUUGCUUCUUGCUACUGUUCCUUGCAACUUGGCUCAGUUUGGGGAAAUCAUUAAAGAUGCCAAAUAAUCUAUAAACUUUGAUCAAAUGCUCUCUAUCUGCACAAAUGAACAGGAAAAUUGUGCCUUGGUGGGAAUGAUUUCCAGCUGUAACUUUUAUAGCACUACAUGUAAAUCCAAACCCAUCAGACUCCAGAAGAGUUCAUUUGAUGCAUUGUCACUUGGCACUAUGCAUCCUUGUCUCUUCUUACAUGGUCCUGUGUUGCAUAAUGCAGCUAUUCCUAUCACUGUGACAUGUUAUGAGUCAGACCCCUGUCAUAAACCUGGUCUAAUUAGCCCCUAAUAGAGGGUCCCUGUAGGACGUCUCGGAGAAGAGCCAGCUCUGUGACUCGUAGCUCUUUUAAGUGACAACAUGGACAUGUCACAGUAUCCAUUUAAACUAGUGCUUGCCUUUGUUCUGAUCACCACUGGCAUAGUGCUCAGUAUAACUAAGUAAUCAAGGGAGAAAUGGGGUAAAUAAAAUACACAGACUGAAAAUUUAGCUGUAAAAUAAAUGUUUGUGUACAGCUGAGGGAACAGGCUUUACAGACAGUAAAAGAUUUUUUUUUUCAUAUUACUAUGGCUGCAUGAGUUACAUCUCUUAUCAAGGACUUGCUGUUUAU